AGGGGGAAGGAAAAGUUUUCUUUCUGUUUUCGACAGAAGGAGGGGUGUUGUGGGGAAAUGCUCGGCGGACCGUGAAGCGUAACAGCAAGAAGAGAGACAAAGACGCACAUAGCGGGACGAAGCGCGACAGACAGACAACUCUUCCACAUAAAAAACAAACUAACUAACAAAAAAAAAAACAUGGCACUGCGUGGAUGGAUGUUAAACGUGGUAGAGCUGAGAAGAGUAGAAAUUUGGGAUGGCAAGAAAGAUGAGUUCAAGUGUACAAACUGAGUCGUGGACAAUAAGUGCGGUUCGAGUGCGUGUUAACUUUGGAUAGCGCUGCGGCGCGUUUUAGUGUCCACCUCACAGUGUGCACCGGAGGCAUGGCAGAGACUCAGGCUGCACUUUGGACUAUGGUUUCCUCCUUUUUAAACGGACGUGCUUCCCGAAACGACUGCAUUGUUUGACUUUUUUUGCAGCCACGCGUGGUGAUUUCACUCAGUCAGAUCCUGCGUCCCACUGUCGCAGAGCUCAUCGGCAGGAGGCAAACUUAACUUACGUGCAAGUUUGUCGAUACUUUUUAAAGGACCACGUGUAUCUCCACCGACCGAAAACAAAUGUAUGGAAUACUUCUGAACCUCAGUCUGUGAAAUUCAGUGUGUAGAUUGUGCUGCUCCUAAUGUGCUGGUGGAGAAAGUGCACGUCACCGAACUAGGACUCAAUCCAAGCAUGAAAUGUUGGUGCAGCGCCCUGGCACUUCUCCCAUGGGUGCUGGUGGCCCUAGAUGCCCAGCUAAUCUGCUGGCAGGCGCUCCUUCGGUGCCACGACGAGCCCGAGUGCGACCUUGCAUACAGUCAGUACUUAGCAGCUUGUGAAGGUAACAUCAGGGGCACGAGAAGGCAGUGUCCGAGCCACUGCAUCAACGCGCUGAUAAGGCUGAAUCACACCCGCAGCGGGCCAGAUCUGGAGAGCUGCGACUGCGCGCAGGACCAGGAGUGCCUCAGCGCCAAGCGAGCCAUAGAGCCGUGCCUCCCCCGCAGACACCCGAGCGAUGCAGGGGGGAUUGGGUGCAUGGAGGCCCGGCAGCGCUGCGAGGAAGACAGCAACUGCCACGCCUCCCUCACGGCCUACUUGUCAUACUGCGGGCAGCUGUUCAACGGCAGGAAGUGCUCCUCCAAAUGUAAAGCCACCAUUCAGCAGAUGCUGUUCAUCCCAAAUGGCAUGCUGCUGAACCGCUGUGUUUGCGAUGGGGUAGAGAGGCCUUUCUGUGAAGUGGUCAAGGAGAACAUGAGCAAGCUUUGCUCCAUAGGGGACCACGUUGUUUUUUCAGACCAACCGGAUGUGGAUGACUUGUAUGAGGAUGAAAACAAUGACAGAAUUGACAGAGAGGAGGUGUAUACUGAUCCCUCCUCUGCCUCACAGAGGUUGUCCAGCUGCACGAUGCUCAUGUUUCUUCCUCUGGCACGGACAUUGUACUGAGAUGAUGGCUACUUGAAAUAUUUGUCGGACAGUGUUAAAUGAUUAUGGAGGAAUCGGUGACUUGCUCAAAGACACCUCAGCACAGGACUCAAACCCAGGUCUGCUGGAGGAGGAGGGAAGUUACCUCUCCACACUCAGAUCUGCCUGCCUUCUCAUUUCAGCUGCAGGGUGACAGUGAGCAGGGAGUAGUGACUUGUGUAGGCUUUCCACAGCUGUGCAGUUUACAUAGUGAUCCUUCAUGGUGGACAUCUCACUCAGGAAAACUGCUUUUU